AUAAAAUCAAACCAAAAUUCCCUCUACGCUCUCUCUCUCUCCCAACGCACACACACAGUCUCAUAUCUCCCAAGCUUUUGCGUAAAAGAAAGAAGAGAGAGGGAUAUGGGUACGAUAAACCAAGGAAUCAGCUUGUACGAUGAACCACAAAACAUCAUAAACCCUAAUAGUAACCAUCUGGGUUUUUUUCUCUCUUUCCCUAAUCAAACACUAUCUUCUUCUUCUUCUCCUUCAUCAUCAUCUCCUUCUCUUGCGUCUUCAUUUCUGAGUCAUCACUCCUUAAACUCCUUCCUUCAAAAUAACCCUCCUUCAUUUCUAACUCAUCCUCAAGAUCCCAUCAAUUCCAUGGCCAAUCUCCCAGAAACCCUAAUCUCGAUCUCCUCAUUAUCCCCAUCAAAGCAAAAGGAUGCUCAUGAUGGUAUUGUUAAUCUUGAUCAUCAUCGUCUCACCGGUGGUAUAUCAUCCCAACGGCCCUAUUUAAAUCAAUGGGCAGGGAGUUGUCAAGCAGAAUAUGGAUACAGUAAGAAAAACAACCAUGGAAGCGAGAUUCAUGUAUAUGAUAUUGAUGACGAUGUUGGUAAUGGUGGUCGUAUUAAUGAUGACGAGGAUCAUCAACAUAAUGAUACUCUUCGUCGUGAUAAACAUAAUACGACGCCUGUAGGAGUAGGGUGUACUUUAAAGAUGAAGAAGCUUAAGACAAGAAGAAAAGUAAGGGAGCCUCGGUUUUGCUUUAAGACGCUAAGUGAUGUUGAUGUCUUAGAUGAUGGAUAUAGAUGGAGAAAAUAUGGUCAGAAAGUUGUCAAAAACACUCAACAUCCCAGGAGCUAUUACAGAUGCACACAGGACAAGUGUAGGGUGAAGAAGAGAGUGGAGAGAUUAGCAGAUGAUCCAAGGAUGGUAAUCACAACUUACGAAGGAAGACAUCUUCACCCUCCUUCUAAUCAUCUCGACGACGACUCUCUCUCCUACUCUCACCACUCUCCUCUCUCCAACUUCUUCUGGUGAUAUUCUAAUUUGUCUUGAUUGCUUUAAUUUUAAAUUAAUAAAAAAUCCUGCCUCUAACUGAUCAUCCCUAUAUUAAUCAAUACCUUCAUGAAAAGUAAUAACUAUAUCUAUAUUCUCGUUUGGAAAUAGGUACGUGGUUCUAUAUGUGUAAUGUGUGUUGUCUGGUGGUGGUUAGGGUUUGUUAUUUGUAAGGUUAACAAUGUACUAUUUUACAAUCUGAGGAUUAUGUAUGUGGACAUGUCGUGAGACGAUUCCUUAUUUUCUGUGGUGUGAUUGGCAAAGUUUAAGACUUUGUAGUUUGUAUGGUGAAAUAUAUUAGCGCGCGGUGGAUGCAGUAUAUAUAUGGUCGCAUCAAAAAAAAUGGUAAAUCAUUCAUCGGAAAGAGA